CCAGAGGCGACCCAAUCCCAAAGGUCUAGAGACAUUACGUCUUUGGACGAGAUGGAUCAACGCAGGAAAGGUCUGUUCAAUCGGACUGUUGAGGAACUGGACGCCCGUCAUGCACAGAGACUAGAAGAUUCGUCCAACCAUACUUGGUGCCGUCCAGUGACUAGGGAAACGGCUCUCGAGAAGGUCAAGGCCUUUCACGAAGCCAUGCACGACGACAAUACACUCGAUGUCGAUCACUGCAAGCUUUGCUACUUACAACGGGCCCCCACCGAGCUGACGGACUACACAUGGGCCGAAGCUGGACCAUUGCUGCAGCAAAUAGAGGACAAGAUCCCCCAGCGUGACAGAGAUCACCUGUCAUGCUAUGAAUGCUUCCCCCGGAACACACCAACAACCUUCCCGCUGUGCAGCGAAUGCCAUACCGCGUUGAAGAAGAAUAAGUUACCAGAAGCAUGCCGGGUAAACAACUUGGCACUCGGCUGUGGCCACCGCUACCCUGACGAGCUCAAAGAACUCUCACCUCUAGAGGAGCGUCUUAUCGGACUUUACACUUCUUCUGGAUGGAUUACGAAGUUCACGAUCGACAUCGAGAAGUGGACCAACGGCCGUUACCGCAAACACAAACGAGGCCAUAUCACUGUGGUACCCAAUAAUAUUCAAGGGCUGGUGGCCGAAGUCCUCCCCCAUCCUCUACUCCAGGAAAGGGAGAAUAUCCAUGUUUGUUUCGUUGGUGCUCGGCAGCCUCUCCCAUCGGACAUAGCUUUUAUGCUUUUAGCAAACCCCGGAAAGCUGAGGCGAGCGCUUGUGUGGUUACGGGUAAAUAACCCACUAUACAAGAACAUCGUCAUUAGCGAUGAGAAUCUCCAGGGCUGGGCGCACCACUGUCCAGGGACCGAGGUAUCAGAAGCCUUAUUUGAACAGAUG